GUGUUCCGAAAGAAAAAUAACCGCCCAUUGAUUUUCUUUUUGUGCAGGAAUUUGUAGAGAUCUCAAAACUGCUCUUAAAAUGGGGCAAUCAGUGAGUCGAGAUGAUUUUAUUUGGACGUUAACAGAGCAGCCACAUAUGAGUAGACGAGAGGAAAUUGUGAAAAAGUACCCAGAAGUUAAAAAGCUAUUCGGCGUUGAUCCAUCUCUAAAAUACGUGGUGUCUAGUUUGGUAAUAUUUCAAAUUUUUAUGUGUUGGUUAUUACAAGAUGCUGAUUGGAUAUUAAUAAUACUUGAAGCCUACUUUUGCGGUGGAAUAAUCAAUCACGCAAUGACACUUGCCAUCCAUGAUAUUUCACAUAAUACGGCUUUUGGUAAUAAGUACCCAUUGAAAAAUCGAUUUUUCGGAAUGUGGGCAAAUUUGCCGAUUGCUGUGCCGAUAUCAGUGUCUUUUAAGAAGUAUCAUGUGGAGCAUCAUCGAUAUUUGGGAGAAGAUGGCCUAGAUACAGAUGUCCCUACAACAUUUGAGGCCGAGUUCUUCACCACCGCGCCGCGGAAGCUUCUGUGGCUUGCCUUACAACCGUUUUUCUAUGGUUUCAGGCCAUUGAUUAUUUAUAAGAAAGCUCCUACUGAUAUGGAAAUUUUAAAUGCUAUUAUUCAGAUCUCAUUCGACUUAUUAAUACUGCACUUUUUUGGCGUUAAAUCACUAUUCUAUCUACUUUUUGGAACAAUUAUCAGUAUGGGACUCCAUCCAAGUGCUGGGCACUUUAUCUCGGAGCACUAUGCUUUUAAGGAGGAUCAGGAGACUUUUAGUUACUAUGGUCUCUGGAACCUAUGUACCUUUAACGUAGGCUACCACGUCGAACACCACGACUUCCCAUACAUCCCCGGACGAGAUCUCCCGAAAUUACGUGCAAUGGCUCCAGAAUACUACGAAAAUUUGCUGAAACAUACCUCGAUGAUGCAGAUUUUAACAGAAUUCGUCGUAAAUCCGGCAAUGGGUCCGUAUGCUCGACUGAAACGAAAGCCACGUGUCGCACAGGAAUUCUAUGGAAAUUAUCAGUUAUUUGAAUAUGUUGAAGGGUUCCUCCACCAUAUUGGUGUCUACCGCCUUCAAAAGUUUGCAGUUAACGUGUUUGAUCUCAACAAUAACAGCAAGAAGCUCAACUAGUUUGGGAAGGAUUAAAUACAGAUGUUCUCUUUUAAACAAAUUAUUCGUUUGUUCUAAACAUUCUUCUCAUUUUUGUUGGCAAAUUUUGUUGACCACUUUUUAAUUUUAUAAACCAUUUUAUUGUUGUUCUGAUGGAAAAUUUCGCAAAUUAAAUUUUUUUUUUGUUCAAAA